GCCAGAACCCGGGACCACAGCACGGAAACGGCCCGGGGCUGAGCAGAAGUCAGAUCCGGGGAUGGAGGGAGCCGGAGAAGAGGAGUGAGGAGGCCGGGGAGGCAGGCCUUGCUGCCCUCUUGAAGGCCGGCAACCUGCUGUGGCAGUGGAGCUCCAGGCCGCCCAGAAAGGGAAGGGGUCAGGAGGUCGGGCCCCGGCCUUUGCAAGCUCAAACAAGGCCCAAGAAGGGAGCAGCAGGAGUUCUGGGCCCAGGCCUCGCUCGGGUUGUCCAAAGGGGGCCUACACCAGGCCUCUGGUGGAGAAACCGAGUCAGAGUUAGGCCUCAGGCCCGGCCCAGACGCGUGUGAGCCAAGUUAGGGGUAGGGAACAAGGACCCUGGGGGGUCUCAGAGACUAAUGUGGUAGGGGGCUUCAGAGCUUCCCAGUCCAGAGCCGGAUUGGCGAGUUAGACGCUUGUAGAUCCGAGGUUGGAUUGGGGAGGGGUCUCUGGGAAGUUGGCUAGCUACACAAGGAUUGGGGGGAUUUAAGUGCUUAGAGAUCGAAGGCAGGUCUUGGGGAGGGGGAGUCAGACAAUUGAAAAGCCUGGGUGGUUAUUUGGGGAGGGGUCUUUGCGCCUGGACGAAGCUCAGAGCAGCACCUGCUUGGCUUGAGGCCUGAGGCCUUGUCAGGAGAAGCUUCAGUGAAGGGUGGGCCGACUAGGCCAAGCCAAGAGAAAGAAAGUGAAUAAACCUGGACUAUAAGUGGGCGGGGGUCUCCUGAGCGGGGGUCACAAAGGGUGAGCCAUGGCCACCAGGCGUUUAACCGACGCUUUCUUGUUGUUGCGGAAUAAUUCCAUCCAAAACCGGCAGCUGUUAGCCGAGCAAGUGAGUAGUCACACCACCUCCAGCCCUCUGCAUUCACGUAGCAUUGCUGCGGAGCUGGAUGAGCUCGCUGAUGAUCGCAUGGCUCUGGUGUCAGGCAUUAGCUUAGACCCAGAAGCAGCAAUUGGUGUGACAAAGCGCUCACCUCCUAAAUGGGUGGACGGCGUGGAUGAAAUACAGUACGAUGUUGGCCGGAUUAAACAGAAAAUGAAGGAAUUAGCCAGCCUUCAUGACCAGCAUCUAAACAGACCCACCCUGGAUGACAGCAGCGAGCAGGAGCAUGCCAUUGAAAUAACCACGCAAGAGAUCACUCAGCUCUUCCACAGGUGCCAGCGUGCAGUGCAGGCUCUGCCCAGCCGGGCCCGCAGGGCCUGCUCGGAGCAGGAGGAGCGGCUCCUUCGCAACGUGGUGGCCUCCCUGGCGCAGGCUCUGCAGGAGCUGUCCACCGGCUUCCGGCUCGCGCAGUCCGGCUACCUCAAACGCAUGAAGAACCGAGAGGAGAGAUCCCAGCACUUUUUUGCCACAUCAGUACCACUGAUGGAUGAUGGAGAUGAUAAUACUCUCUAUGAUCGGGGUUUCACUGACGACCAGUUAGUGCUGGUGGAGCAGAACACACUGAUGGUGGAGGAGAGGGAGCGGGAGAUCCGCCAGAUCGUGCAGUCCAUUUCCGACCUGAAUGAGAUAUUCCGGGACCUGGGGGCGAUGAUUGUAGAGCAGGGUACCGUCCUUGAUAGAAUUGACUAUCACGUUGAGCAGUCCUGCAUCAAAACUGAAGACGGUCUGAAACAGCUUCACAAGGCAGAGCAGUAUCAAAAGAAGAAUCGGAAGAUGCUUGUGAUUUUAAUAUUAUUUGUCAUCAUCAUUGUCCUCAUUGUUGUCCUCGUCGGCGUGAAGUCUCGCUGAGCAGCGUGGGGUCGGUGGCGCGGCCCGCGUGGAUCCGGGUUUGAGGGCUCGACGUGCGGGCUGCCUGCGGGGAUGCAGCCCUGGGACCAGUUGGGGCAGCGGGCGUUUCCACGGACUCUUCGUCAUAGUCAUGCUCAAGCCAGGGGCGUGGGCUUCUGUUUUCCCUUCACUGUCAAGCGUUUGAGGACCGUGGAUACUGCUGCCGAAUAGAGAUGAGUGCUCUCCUCGGUUGUAAUACAUAGAUAUUUUUUUAGAGCAAAUGUGAGCUGAGCGUUUGCAGGUACUCCCCGAGCUGCUCAGUGUUACAUGUGUAUGUGCUAUGUGAUGUCUGAGCAGCAUGCUGAAAUAAUUUUUGGAAAAAUUUUUUUUAAACCACUUGGUUUAUAAGAAAUUUGGUACCAAAAAUUUAUGAGUAGAGGCAAAAAUGCCUCUUCGUCUCUCUCUGUGUAUUUCCAGUUGAAAACAAACUGAGAAGUCCUUUAAGAAUUUAUAAUCCAUUCCCCAUUAACUUAAUUUAGCUUUUCCAUCACUGUUAAUGAUCAGAGUAACAAAGUGUGAAAGACAAGAAACCAUCACUGAUGUUAAUGAACACAUUUAGAUGGGCCAGUUAAACAGCUUCAUGAGUUUAAAUUAAUUGUGAAUGGCGUACUCCUCAUCUCAGACUUGUGCACUGCAUUUUCUACUGUAAACCAAAAGGAAUUACUAAGCAAAACCACCUACAUUUAAAAGUUGAUGAUUUGAGAUAACCUUACUUUGAAAGGAAGCUUGGCAGUGUCACGAAAGUCACCAGAAUCAGCCUGCGUGUCCCUGUGCUCGUCCCUAGCCAUCUCGCUCAGUCCAUUACUGAUAUACUAACUAUGUAAUGACCUGUUGAAACCGGACACCAUUUAAUGAACUGUGAAUUUACACAGAGGCCAUUCUAAAUGGGUCACCCCAUUUAGGAUUAGUGGAUCUCAAAUUAUUAACCUAACAUCACUCCAUUUCAAAGUAAAAUAUUCCACCAGUGGUUUGAUUUAUCGGCCCUUGUAUUGCCACUUAACAUGCCCAGAAAGUAGGCAUGUUCCUGCAGUUUGUGAAAACCGUGGCUGAGAAAACCCCUUGCUCGUGGAAGCGCACUUUCGAUCGCCCAAGUGGGGCUUUGUCGUUUUCUUACCUGUUAUCAAUAUGGUGCUCGAAUAUAUUCCUGGACCUGUAGCAGAACGUGGGAAGUGAUGACAACUUAGAAAACCAAAGUUGUUUAUGUUUUAAUUGGUCUUGAGACACCAGUAUCGUUUUAAUGGUCUUUGUAUAAUUUUCAAUGGCUUUCCAUUGUUUUUACCUCUCUUAAAAUGUUUAAAAAAGAGCAUGACCUUGUUAAAUGUGCUACAUUUUAUUUGGACCAGUCACAUAAAAUGUCUUUCUAGAAUUGACUUUGAAGUUGUUUCCAGAAAUUUUAAACUUAAGUCCAGAGAUUCAAGUUACCCCAACAGAUCAUGGGCUUAAAACCCAAACCCUCGCCCAACCUUCCCUUCCCAAGCAGUUGAUGACACCAGGCAGUCGCUGGUUUUCUUAUGACUGACGUGGCCAUGGGAUGGUCUCAAGGUGUCUCUGGCAUUUCAGGAAAUAGCAUGGCAUUCCCUAACAAACAAUUAUUUACUAGGAAAGAAGGUCAAGGAAUAAGAAUCCAGCACCUCCUUGACCGCCCCUGAAGUGCGGGGCUCUGUCGGUCUUGGGAGUAGCUGUGGGUGUCCUUACCCCAGUGGUUCUGACCUAAUGGAGCCAGGCUGCUCUCGAACCAGCUGCUUCUAGGAGUGGGGCUGUCGAGACGAGGGGCUUCCCCCCAGACAGCUUGCGGUGGUGAUACUGGGUUAUUGUUAACAGCUUUUCAAGUGCUAAGUUUUCCUUGCUCUUGAAGGAAGGUGAUCCUUUAAGGAAGGAUCGCUGUUUAUUUGUAUUUAUUUUCAAUGACUAGGGUGAUUAGGGUUGUGUUUUUUACCCAGCUCAUUUGGGUGAAGUCCUGAAUCUAACUGGAGGUGGUUUUACGGAUCCCGUGUGGGACUGGGGCAGCUGCCCUGGGCCGACUGAAACCAGAGCAGUGCCAGCCGGAGCCCUAGCUGUCCACUGCCGUGCCUGUGUCCCCAGGUGGGAAGUGGCGCACAGCCCAGGCGCUGACUUGCCGGGCUCCUCAAAACACUGUAUUUUUCUGUUGAGCCUUUACUUGGGGAAAGAUCAGCAGCAUUGGGGACAGUAGGAGGAAGUUAGUAAUUAGUGUCCUUCAAGCUCAGGGUAGUUCUUUCCCUUUGAAGGAGACAGGCUCCUUUUCCUGCCAACAGCCGCUGUCCAUUGGAGGGCUGCGCUGUCCAGCCCUGUGGGGCUCUGGCUGUGGUGGUCGCCCAGUCCAGUCUCUCCCCUUGCCUGGGAUGCACCCCGGGAAGGACUUCAGGGAAGGCCCCUUCUGAGCAUCCUGGGCUUAUCCUGGACACCUGCCUUCUUUAACAGGUCCAGGGGCGGCUCCGUUGACCGGGGCCGGAGAGGAGAAACAUAGAUGUUUACUGUCAGGUCUCCAAAGCUCCUGAUCUUUCCCGAGAUUGUAACUGAAAGCUACUGUCUCCUGUUUUAUUAAUUUGGGGGUGGGGGGAGGUGCUGGCUCGCCAUGGGCGUGAAGCAGUGUACGUUUCUAAUUUAACAGAUUUACCGCGCUCUCUGCUAAUUGAGAGAGCAUUAUUUAUUUGUUUUGACACAAGUGCUUUCAGUGUUUUAUCCUAACUAAUGGCUUCUUAAAGGUAAUAAAACCCUUCCAAGCUAAUUGGUCAGAUAAGACUUUUUUUCCUUGUGUGCUUAAAUAAAGCAAUCAGUGAAGCGCUUCUAUCCAAAAUGACUUUUUUUGUCCUUUUUUUAAAAACUAAUUUACUGUUACUGGAAACUUUUUGUACAAUAAAGCAAUCAUGCAGAUUAAAGAACA